AUGGGAUAUACGUUAGUAAUUCUGGGAUGUGGUGUUAUGGGCCAAGCACUCUUGUCCGCCAUUUACAAUGCUCCAAAAGCAGAUAGUGAAGAAAUUGCAAAAUUGUACCCUUCGACAAUCAUCACCUGUAACCAUGAUGAGCCAAGUGCUAAGCAAGUGGACAAGCUAUUAGCUACGUUCGAUGAGUCACCCAAUGCGAUUAAAGUCAGCUCUACCUAUGGACAGAACCAGGACGCAAUUGACAAGGCAAGCGUUGUGAUCCUUGCCACUAAACCUUUCCUAGUCGAAAAAGUGCUUUCAGGUGUCCAAGAGCAGAUCAAGGGUAAACUUAUAAUCUCUUUGGCAGCCGGCUGGACCAUUGAUCAAUUGACACAAUACACUGAGAAGGUGUCCCGUGUUAUGACCAACACGCCUGCCAAAUACGGUUAUGGUUGUGCAGUUGUUUCACACUCCAGCGGAAUCAACAAUGAUGAUAAGGCUAUUGUUUCCCAAUUGGUUAGCCAUGUGGGUAAAUACAUCGAAUUGCCUGAGAAGAACAUGGAUGCCGCCACUGCACUAGUUGGAUCGGGCCCUGCAUUCGUGCUAUUGAUGAUCGAAUCAUUGAUGGAAAGUGGUAUUCAAAUGGGUAUUCCAUUGAAAGAAAGUAAAGAGUGCGCUUUGAAAGUUUUAGAAGGAACCGUCAAGAUGGUUGAAAAGUCAGGCGAACAUCCAAGUGUUUUAAAACACCAAGUUUGUACACCUGGUGGAACCACUAUCGCCGGUUUGUGUGUUAUGGAAGACAAAGGCGUCAAGAGUGGUAUCAUCCGCGGUGUUGAAGAAGCCGCCAAAGUAGCCGCCAAGCUAGGUAAGAAAUAG